UAAUGAGCUUUCAAGAGAUUUCAUAGCAAAUUGAGGAUAUGACCAAUUUCCUUGUAUGAUUUCAUAUAAACUUUAUAGUUAGAAUAGAGUGAUGACAAUUUAUUAAAUGCUUCACCUACAAAUAGGGAAUAAAUAAAUCUAAUUAUUCAUGAUUAGAAAGUGAAAUAGAGAAUAAGUGCUAUGUUGAAAUAGAAAGUAAAUAUUUAUAAUACUAUAAAAAGAGUAGACAAUAUCCACAUUAAUAUUUGACUGUUGAAUUAUCAAGUGAGGAUAAUUAUGAAAUUGAACUAGAUUAAGAUGAUAUUAAAUAAGUAACGAGAAUUUUAUAUUCAAAAUCUUAGGUUUGUGAAAAUUUUGGAGAAGUUAAAUAAGUAUAUACAAAAGUCAAUGGUGCAAUCAUAAUUAAAUUUAAUUCAGUUUUUGAUGCUUUCAUAGUUUAUAAACUAUUAAACAAACAUUAAAUUAAAGAAUUAGAUGUCACUAUAAAAAUAGAAUUUACAAGUUAAUAAGAUCUAUUAGAAAUAAUGGAAUUCCAAGAUUCAAAUCAACAAAAGUUUACUUGUAGAUAUGAUGUAUAAAUUGAUAAUGAUAAAGAUUUUCAAGUAGCUCGUAAGAUUAUUGGUAUUAAAUUGGAUUAUAUAUUAGGGGCAAAAGGAUGCAAUAUGAAAAAGAUAAUUGAUUAAUGUCUAUAUGAUUGUGAUACAAAAGAAUAAGAUUUGGUUAAAUUAAGAUUAAGAGGAAGAGGAUCUGGAUAUAAAGAAGGACCUGAAAAAAGAGAAUCUUAAGAACCUUUACAUUUAUGUGUAUCCUCUAAACAUAAUCAUCUCUUUCUUAGAGUAAUUAUAAUAAUAAUUAAAUUAGGCUUGUUAAUUAGUAGAACAGUUAUUAAUUAAAAUAUAUGAAGAAUACAAAAUAUUCGGAUUAAGUAAAGGAAAGAAAUCUUUGAAUUUUGGUAUUAAAAAGGUAUAAUAACCAUUAAAAUCUGUAAUAAAACCUAAUUUCAUGCCUGAAUUACCAAAUUUCAAUUUUUCAAAUGUAAUAUAAUUAUUAAUAUAAUCAUAGAAUCAGUUUAUUGAUUUUAAUAAUGAAAAUAUGAUGGGUUAUUCAAAUUUACCUAAUUAAUUAAUGUGA